AGUACCGUAGAUAAUUUGCUUCCGCAGAAAUCGAAACUAAAAUAUGAAAAGGAAUACCUUAAAUUUGACCAGUGGUGUAAAGAAAAUAAAGCCCAACACAUUUCGGAGAAUGUUUUAUUAGCAUAUUUUGAAUUACAAACUCAUUUGAAAAAGCCAUCGUCAUUAUGGUCAAUGUAUUCGAUGCUACGAUCCUACCUAAAUGUGCAUAAAAAUGUAGAUAUAUCAAGAUACGUCAAGUUACAAGCACUGCUAAAAAGAUUUUCGCAAGGCUAUGAGCCAAAAAAAUCAAAAAUUUUAGAUUUAGAGCAAAUUAAUCGAUUUAUUCAGGAGGCUGACGACAAGCAUUAUUUAGAUACAAAAGUUAUUUUAAUAAUGGGCUACAGUGGGGCAUGCAGACGCGAGGAGCUGACUAAUAUGGCACUGGGCGACAUCCAAUAUAAAAAUGAUAUUGUUGUUGUAUCGGUGCCUAAAACAAAAGUAAUGAGACAGUUUGUCAUCACCGAGAAAUUGUGGAUUGAUAUUAUAAAAAAAUAUAGCAGCAUACGCCCAGUUAAUACUUGCCAUCAACGAUUCUUUGUAACAUACCGUAGUGGUCGCUGCAUUACUACUUCGAUCGGAAUCAAUACAAUGGGCAAGACGCCACGAAAGAUUGCAGAGUUUCUACAAUUAGCCAAUCCGGCACAAUACACUGGGCACUGUUUCCGGCGUUCAAGUGUCUCACAUUUAGCUAACAGCGGUAGUGACUUGGUCACCAUUAAACGACAUGGCGGGUGGAAGUCCUCCGCGGUUGCCGAAGGAUAUAUUGAAACGUAGGUUCAACGAAAAGUGGAAGUUGCAGG